AAAUUAUUACUAGUAUCAAUAUCGUGUCUGGUGUUUCUGUCACUAUUUCUGUUUCAUAGGCGACCCCUACAUAAUAAUGUGGAAAUGGUAGUUAACAUUUAGUGCGAUACUUUUUUAAUGAAACAGUGAGUUUAGGCUGUCAAAUAGCGUUUAUUUUUAAUACUGAAAGCAACUUGUCAAAUAUAGACACCAAUAGAUCUACAAAGAAAUCAUGUUGCAAUACUUUCUUUUAGGUUGUUGCUACAAUCCAUGAUAGUUUACUUGGUACUUGAUAGAGAUGGGGAAAAAGGGAAAAUGGCUUAGAAACUUCUUAACAGGGAAGAAAGACAGAGACAAAGAAAAGGAAAAAUCUAUAACCCAUCAGAAUUUUGCAAAUGGAACAGAAAAUCCAACUACUCCUAUUUCAACAACACCAAAGGAGAAAAAGAGAUGGAGUUUUAGAAGAUCAUCAGCAUCAGCAACACCAACAGCUUCCAAGGAAUUAAAUUUUGUGGAAACAAAUUCAAAUGUUACUGCUUCAGUGACAGUGGAAACUGUCAAGGAUAUUCAGAAUGAACAGAGGAAUCAUGCCAUGGCUGUUGCUGUUGCUACUGCAGCAGCAGCUGAUGCAGCAGUUGCAGCUGCAGAAGCUGCAGCUGCUGUGAUCCGCUUGACUUCUGGUUCCAAUGAAACUUCUAGAAGUGCUGAAGAUGCUGCUGCCAUUAGAAUUCAAUGCGUCUUUCGAUCUCAUUUGGCAAGAAAGGCAUUGUGUGCUCUAAGAGGAUUAGUGAAGUUGCAGGCACUGAUAAGGGGUCACCUAGUGAGAAAACAAGCUAAGGCAACACUUAGAUGUAUGCAGGCUUUGGUCACAGCACAAGCUAGAGCUCGUGCUCAGAGGAUCCAAAUGAUGUCAGAAGGAAAGCAUAAUCAAAAUCAACCAACUCACAGAAAUGUUAUGGAAAAUGACCUGUUCAGGCAAAUAUAUAAUGAAAUGGACAGAGGCAUGGAAGACAACAUCAAGAUUGUGGAAAUGGAUGUAUGUGAAUCAAAAGGUAACUCUACAAGCAGAAGCAGCAGUGUAUAUCAUCAUGAACAUUCAGAACAUAGAUAUUCCACAAAUGGUUCUUACUCAAAAGAAGAAAACUACAAAGUAUCACCAGCUCCAUCAGCUUUAACAGAAUUGAGUCCAAAAGCAUGCAGUGGCCAUUUUGAGGAUUGUUUCAGUACAGCUCAAAGCAGCCCUCAAUACUAUUCAGCUGUAUCUAAAACAGACGAUUCAAACCAUCCUUUUUCAUUCCCUAAUCCAUCUUAUGGAGAACCUAUUAUGUCCUAUGACUACCCUUUAUACCCAAAUUACAUGGCUAACACAAAAUCAUCGAGUGCUAAAGUCAGAUCACAAAGUGCACCGAAACAAAGGCCGGAUUCAUUUGAGAGACAACCGAGCCGGCGAAGAGUUUCAGUGGAAGGAAGAAAUGUACCUAGGCCAGUGAGGAUGCAAAGGUCAUCUUCACAUGUGAGUGCAACUGCUCAGAACUAUCAAUAUCCAUGGUCAAUCAAGCUUGAUAGAUCUGCAGUUUCACUCAGAGACAGUGAGUGUGGUUCUACAAGUACAAUGCUCACUAAUACUAACUACUGCAGAUCCCUUGUUGCAUAUGAUCCAAAUGAAGAUAGGUACUGAGUUUGCUGCACCUUGUGUUAAACUAAAUAGUAGCCACUUUACAAGAACACAAAAAUUUAGAGUUGAGGUUUUCAGGUUGCUGAGUUCUUCUCCUUGAAGACUUUAAAACAAAAUAAUAAAUUAUAUAGAGUUUCUGAUAUUUAUUGAAAUUUCAACUUCUGUAGAGUUUCUUCUUCUCUAUUCAUUGUUUGUACUGUAUGUGGAUUACUUUAUGUGAAGACAUUAUAACUGUUUUUUGUUUCUGUAUAAAUGUUACCAAGUUGGGUACUUCCUAACUGAACUGUUUUAUUGAAGAGUUGUUUAUUUUCUA